CUUCUGCUCAGCUCGCUGGGCUGUCAUGGAUCUUAUUCUGUUUCUGUGACUCACCAGCCCCUCCUCUGGCUCUGCGCAUUUGAAUCUGAGCUCUUUGACCAAACAGUCCUUGCUGAAAUGUCAAUACAUGACUGGAACACUGGCUCGCAGGGUUCAUCAUGGUUUCCAGGCAGUGCGUGGCUUUGUUCCUUUGCCUUCCGCUACUGAUUCCUCUUUCUCUGGAUGCAGAGGAGGACUGAAGAUAAAUAUAUUAAAGCAGCGGUUUUUAAAUCAUGGUCUGCUAGUGGUGGUCUUUCUUAAGAAGGAAGAGGCAAGCACCAUUUUUCAAAGACAUAGACGAGCCAACAGCUUCUUUGAAGAGCUAAAACUGGGGUCACUGGAGCGAGAAUGCAUGGAAGAAAAUUGUUCCUUUGAGGAAGCAAGAGAGAUUUACCACGAUGAUGAAAGGACAAAAGAGUUCUGGCACAUCUAUUCCGACCCUAACCAGUGUGACUCCAACCCCUGUCAGAAUGGCGGGAGUUGUGAUGACCAGUUUCGGGAUUACGUGUGCCGCUGUCCUGCCGAAUAUGAGGGCAAAAGCUGUGAAAAAGCCAUAGCUGACAAACUGAAGUGCAUUUAUGACAACGGUGGCUGUGAACAGUACUGUACUGACCGGCAGUCUGAAAUACGAGUGUGCUUCUGUGCAGACGAUUACACUUUAGCGAGUGAUGGUGUAUCCUGCAUUCCGCAAGUGAAAUACCCAUGUGGAAAAAUACCAGUGCUGGCAAACAAAAAAGCAAGUGAUGGGAGAAUAGUAGGUGGUUUAAUCUGUCCUCCAGGUGAAUGUCCAUGGCAGGCCCUUAUAAUACAGAAUGGGAAAGAAAAGUGUGGUGGUACUCUGCUUUCCCCAGAGUGGGUAGUCACUGCAGCUCAUUGUUUGGAGUACACUCAUCAUAAACAGCUUCGAGUGAGACUGGGUGAACACGCAAUAAAUUACGAUGAGAAAACCGAGCAAGAAAGUGGGGUUGCCAGGAUAAUCACACAUGAAGGAUACACAGCUGGAGAAGUCAAUAAUGAUAUUGCCCUCUUGAGACUGGAAACACCUGUGAAUCUCACUGACUAUGUGGUGCCUAUAUGUUUGCCUGAAAAAAGAUUUGCAGUGUAUGAACUGUCCUCCAUCAAGUUCUCCACUGUGAGUGGAUGGGGACGCCUACUAGAUGGAGGUGCCACCUCUUCUGUUCUGAUGAGAGUUAAUCUGCCACGUGUAAAGACACAAGAAUGUGAAAAGGAGACUGAUUUAAAUAUUACGGAGAACAUGUUCUGUGCAGGAGACCUGUCUGGCGUUAAAGACUCCUGCAAGGGAGAUAGCGGUGGACCUCAUGCUACCAAGUACAAAAAUACUUGGUUUCUGACUGGCAUUGUCAGCUGGGGAAAGGGCUGUGCUGUUAAAGGCAGCUAUGGGGUUUACACAAGGGUAUCCAAAUAUAUUGACUGGUUGAAGAAGCACAUGGAUUAAUGAUGUUGAACCAGUGCGUUUCCAGAUUGUGUUAUUGCCCCUCAAUCCCUCUGUGCCAUUUUCCUGUUGAAAAAUUCCAUCAUUAGCUUAGAUAUGUGACACAUGUGAUACCCACACGACCAUAAAUGACUUGAAACAAGCCCAAUGCCUACUUGGAUAUAUAAGA